UAAGAUUUUUACAUUUUUAUAGUUUCUAUAUUUCUUUAUAAGAAUGCGAUUAUAUUCUGAUAAUACGUCUUUACGAUAAUAUUUUUAUUUUUUAUAGAAUCUUGAAAAAUACUAAAAACGACAUCUAUAUUUAUUAAUCAUUAUCUUACUAAUUCUGUUAAUUAAUCGAUCGCUCGUGACACGUUACACCGAGAAAAAAAAAAUGUCGAUUGUGUGAUUACUGCUUCUCGUUUUAUCGCUUUUACGUUUCUCCUUUGUACGUUACGGCCUUUGGCUAUUCUUGUCGCCGAUGUCGAGUAGGCGCAUGAGAAAGAAAAAGAGAGAGAAAGAGAAAGAGACGAAGAUCGCACGAAGAAGAAAAACACGACGACACACGGACUUAUACUCGUACCUGUACAGAGUUGUCCGGGCGCGUGUUACCGGCACGAAAGUAUCGCGCCGGCUCUUGCGGAGAGAGAGAAAGAGAGAAAGAGAAAGAGAGAGAGAGAGAGAGAAACCAUCCCCUUUAAGAGAUAGACCUUAAAGUCUCGGCCACGCCGGCACGAAUUUCCCCCGGGAUCUCCCCGCGGGAGACAGACACACUCGUCCUCGUCCGCGUACGUACGCACAUCGGCAUUGCGCACCGAUGCGCGUGGAAAUCGUGCGUGCCUGCGUGCAUCGGUCUCGAGCGCGAACGAGCGUCGCGCCGGCGCGUCGCUGCAACGGAUUGUCGUACCGCGAUCCGCGUGCGCUGUGUGCACGCGUUUGCGCGGAUGCACGAACGACAGUUCGCACUACUGAUUACGCGUCUUAUCGUAGUCACCGUCGAGAUGCGCGCAUCGUGAGAGUGUCGCACGACGUAUUUACAGAUGAACUCUGUGUUGGAAUAUCCAACAAUAUAUUGUGUGACAUUUGUUUCUGGUUUUAAAGUUUCUGUUUUGAUAUUUCCAGUCUUCAAGUUUUCACCGAUUAUCAAUAUGGAGGCAAAGAAAAAGGAGAAGCCACUAGUCAAAGACUUGAAUGAACAUAUCGUGUGUCCUCUGUGCGGAGGAUAUCUCAUAGACGCUACAACUCUUGUGGAAUGCCUGCACUCCUUUUGCAGAGGUUGCAUCGUUCGACGUCUGAGUAGCGGCGCCCGCGCGUGUCCCGUGUGCAACGUCGCGGCUUCCCCGCCGCUUCUGCCCGACACGCGGCUCCAACGGCUCGUGUAUCUCGCGGUGCCCGGUCUCUCCCGAUCGGAGCUCGAGCGCAGACGUCACUUCCGUCUGGUGAAUCCUCAAUGCCCGCCCCUGGCAUCGCCCGUGGGCGCCCUCGAUCUCACCGUGGAGGACUUGGUUAGUCUGAGCCUACGAGAGGUGACGGACGCGGAGAACGAGACGAAGGAGGAUACUUGCGACUCGUCGAAGAACGACGAAGUAUCGGGAAUAUCGACGCGGUAUCUCAAGUGCCCGGCCGCCGUGACGGUGCGUCAUCUGGUAAGGCUGCUGAUGCUGAAGAGAGGAUGGGAAGAGGCUAACGCCAGCGUCAACGGCGUCAAUAACAGGAUAGAGAUUAUGUACCAGCAUCCCGAUGACGAGAAUAUGCGCCCGCUCGAUCCGUCUUGGACGCUCCUGGAUCUCGCUUGCAUAUUUCGAUGGGAGAGGGAAGCACCGAUGAGGCUGUUCUACCGGGUGUUACGAAAAGAGGAGAUGGUUAAAAGUUCGACGUUAAAGGUUCCCUCGUCGUGCAAAGACGAUGCGACGAAAGACGGCCCGGCGGCGAUCGAGAACAUGCAACGUCCGCCAACCCCUCCACCUAGUCCCAAGCUCAGUCGCGAACCGGAAGCGGAACCUCGCGCCGCAGAACCCCCCCGCGUUCUCGAAACGAAUGUCGAUGUCCGCGACAAGGAGACAAAAACGAAGAAGCCGCGCUGCGAGGUGACGCCCGUCAUGCGUGCCCCGGAUCCCCCAACCGGCGGACUUGCACCGAGCAAUCAUCAUCAGUCAGCGGAAAGCGCGAAGAGCAAGGAUCUGACGAGGCUGGAGCACCGGAAGCGACGCAAGCGACGAAACAAGAGGGUGAUCGCGGAAAUCACCACCACGCCGCGAGAGGAUCUGCUAAAGCUCAAGGUCCGCCUGACACCUUGUCCUCCGAGGAUCACCUCUGGCACGGCAACAGGUGGCGGAGCCGGGAGUGUCGGCGCAGGUAAUCAAACGAAAGAGAAGUUGCUGCAAAUGCGGGCGGUUAGACGCGAGAAGAUCAAAGCGAUCGGUCAGCAACGAUCGAAGGCGAGCUCGCUGGCGCGGGAGGAAGUCGGACCCAAAGAGUGCGCCGCUAUAGAAACGGAGGAAACGAUCGAGGACAUCAUAGACAGCAUUCCCGACGAAGUCGUCCGUAUCGCACAGAAUAUCAGCAAUCAGAACGAGGACGUCGCGGCGGAUAGGAUGACUGGCAAAAAAGAAGCGGAACCGUCGAAUAAUACAUCGGAGAAUAAUGGCGAGCCGGAAAAACCGAAGAAGGACGAGGAGAUUCUUCGGCGACUAGGCUUGGUCGCUAUCAACGAGGCCGGUGGCAACAAGACGGCGAAGCAACGCGCGCAGAGCGGCGCCGACAAGACGGACAGUAUGGACCGCGAAAAAUUGGAGAAGCAGUUGCGCGAGAGCAAGGCAAACCGCGUGCGGAGUCUGCUGGCGGAGAAGCAGAUGCGCGACGCGCUCAAGAGCAUCAUGUCCAAGACGAAGGAGGAACGGGCGUCGUCCGUUGUCAGCACGCCGACAUCCGCUCCCAUCCCCGUUUCCAUAUCCGCGCCGAAGAAGAAGGAACCGCCGCCGUUGGCGCCUCUGCGCGUCGCCAAACCGUCCGGUUUUGCCGCGACCAGCGGCGUGCUGGUGGUAUCGAACACCACGUCCAAGUACGAGACGCCAUUGGACCUCAGUAGCGGCGGCACCACUGUCAACGAUAACGUCCUCGACCUGUCGGCUACGUUGCCCGGUAGCGGACAGCCGGCUACCUUUUCAUCUUCCUCGUCUCCCUCUUCCUCCUCGUCCUCUUCCUCUUCCUCGUCCUCUUCCUCGUCCUCCUCACCCUCUUCCUCAAUGCCGUCGUUAUCGUCGUCGUUGCCGUCGUCGAGACCACCUGGGCGACCCGCCAUCAGCGGCGCCAGCAGCUUUUUCCGCAAAUCCAAGGAACUGGAUCAGCAGCGUGGCCGGGGACAGCAAGAGUUGAAUCUGAGGACCCUCUCGGACGUCGCGGUAUCCCGCCUGAGUGGUUGUCUGACCGAGAAGAACCCGGAGCCGCUCGCGUUAGCUUCCGGGAACCUUCACGCCACCCCCAGCAAGGUCGCCCUGCGGAUACCGCAGCUGCAUCAGCGCAUCCCCGGCUUCAACAUGAAGAUCAAACCCAAUCUCGGCGUCCGGCAUAUCCCGAAUCCCCAAGCGGUCGUGGCCUCCCAGUAUCGUAACCAGAGGGCCAGUUACUUCAACGCGGUCUCCCAACAGCCGCCGUUGUAAAUCUAUGUCUCUUAAUCGUCGUAAUCUAUCCCUUCUCUCUUCCGCCUCCUUCGUCUUCUCCCUGUUUCUUUUUUCUUUCUCCCAUCUCCAUCGUUAAAUUCCGAUGUCAGGAGAUGAAGGAUGGAAGUUCUAGACCAAAAUCCAAAGGCUAUAUGUUACUAUUAUUUUAUCCUCGUUUUUUUCCGACGACUCGCUCGCUCAUGACACGUAAUCAGAUUGAUUUGGAAAGACGAUUUCAUCGCAGUGAUACACCGAUAUGACUUCCCAUUCGUGAAAUUGCUCGUUGAAAUAAAAGAUACUACGAGUAUCUGAUACGUAAGAAAUUGCACGACAGUCGGGAUAUUGAUGCUCGUAAGUAUUAUCUUUAUCGGGGCAAGCACCCUUUUAAUAUAUAUGUCUAACGAACUAUCUAAUCCCCCCUAUCUAAUGCUGAGGUCUUAGCUUGAAAACAGGUGUUCGCAGAUACAAGAUAUUCCCGAUAAACUUUAGGUACAUAAUUUUUGUGGAAUUUAAAGACAAAUUUCUUCUAUAUAAAAAAAAGCACAUGUGCUCAAGUAUAAAUAGUUUUUAAAUUAUAAGUGAUUGAAAAUGGACCAACUUUUCGCGAGCUAAGCUUCGCGGACGCGAAUAGAUAAUAAAACCUCAUUCUUUGACAAUUAAGGUAAACCUCAUUCCUUAAUUAAUUACAAGUGAAUUUCUUGCUUUCAUGAAAUUUUAAACUCGGAUCUUGAGAUCGCUCGGAUGUUAAAAAUUAUCCAAUAUCGAGAAAAGUCAUUCAAGCAUAUUUUUAUUAACGAAAAAUCGAAAUGUCUUGAAAUUUUUCGAAAAAUUCAUGGAUAAAGAUGAUUGCGGAACAAUUGGCCCGCACUGGUUUUAAAUCGUGUGUUCCUAAAUAUAUAUAAAUAUCGAAACUUGAAAGAAACGAUUCAUAGGAAAUAUUUAUAGCUCUGUGUAUUGCGAACAUGUUAAUAUUCGAUAUUCUAGUUGAAAUUUUUCCGAGAUUCUAUUGCUAUCUCGACGAAAAUCAAAGAGGUGAGAAUAUUAUAGACAAAGUUUUAUCUUAAAACACAAUCGUCUUAUACUCUGGUAUCCACAUUAGGAGUGAGUAUAGAAGAACCUUUGUAAGUAUAUACAUAUGUAGGAAGCGCACAAUCGUCUGUACUUUCGAUCUGAUUACGCCGUUGUUCUUUGAGGGGAGGAGAAAAUAAAUCACAUCGAUUAUUUGUCCGAUUAUUGUUACCUUGAUGUAUCAAAACUGUACGACACUGUAAUAAUGUAUGUCUGAUCUGCGUCGCGGUCUAUACUCUUACUAUGGUUACCAACGGAUCGAUCUGACAAACGAAAACUUUCGCGAGGAAAAUCCGUAACGUCGCUGUAUACGAUAUUCAGGGACGAAUUAGUCAGCAUAUAUAAAAUGACAGAUAAUUUUAUAUAUAUGUAUAAAAUUAUCCGUUGUUCCCCUGCGAUAGGACCAUGCAAGUACUCCGAAUUUGCGAGAAGCAAGCAAAGAGCUGGAGUCUGAUUCGCGCGAGUAGUCCAAGAGAUUUUUGUGUGUAUAGUAAGUUUAAUAUUUAUAUUAUUUUAUCUAUUUUAUCAAAUAGAUAAAACAAUAUAUCUAUUUUAUUAAUAUUAUUUUAUUAAUAUUUUAUUAAUUUAUCUAUUUUAUCAAAUAGAUAAAAUUCCCCCGAGGCGAUCGUCAUCAAUGAGCCGAGCAUGUCUCGAAUUUUCGUUAUACACACAUAUUUUAAUUAAAAUACCUUAUAUCUUAUAUUCAAAUAUCUUCAUCUUACCAGAAGAGGAUUACAUUUCAGUUGAUUAAAAAAGUUCCUUGCGAUUUUAUCUAUUAUUACAUAUAUUUAUAAUUGUUGAAUUAUUUUAGUUGCCUGUUUGUUGAUUUAAUUGUGUGCGUGUAGAAUAUUUUUGAAAUAUUUGUUUUUGUUGGAAACACACAUUCGAGAUAGUUAGAAAUAGCUAUACAAUGAUACACGUGUAAUCGAAUAAUCUCGAGUUAAUCUUGGGUUUAUACAAGAUUCCAAAGAUGUGUAAGUAAAUAACAUAACGAAAUCCGAUCGUAUUAUACAAAAGGACGGUUACAUCCUGUUCGUGUAUAUUACGUCAAUAUUAUCCUCAGGAGAUCUAUCCGAGGCGAAAAAUGAGAAAAUGCGUUUUUCUCGAAUGUUCGCACGGGCCUAUUUAUAUAUGUCGGGCGAUAUAUUUCUCCUUCUCUUUCUCUCUCUCUCUCUUUCUCUGUUUCUCUCUCUCUCUCUCUCUCUCUUUCUUUCUUUCUUUCUCUCUCUCUUCAGAACCUACAAUUAGCGAAAUAUACCUACAUGUAAUAAUUUGUAGAGAUGCCAAAGAGAACGCCAGAGAACGUGUGCAAUGUAUUAGUGCAAUUUAAUGACCGUGUAACGUAACGUAAUCGUAUAAUCGAUCUAUCACUCGGCGAGCUAACACAUCGCCGAGUUUAUUAAAGGUAGGUAGGUAGGUAGAUAAUCGUAUAGACACACAUACGAAUUGCGUGAUUUGUGAUUCCCCGAUGGGGGGGGACUCUGUAGCGUUAUAUAUAGACGUAGAGGGAGACAAGAUGUUUUUGUAACAGCACAUUUUUGUGGAAUUUACAAAAAAAAAAAGAAAAAAAAUGUCGCAAGAGAUUUCUCUAAGCGCACGAGCGUCGCUCAAACUUUAAUUUGCGCGACGAUGACCAAAAAAAAAAUGGUCUUUCGACUGACAAGGGUUUAGGCUUUUUAAAUUGACUCUUGACAAGUCGGACCGAAAAGUUGAAAAUUUCACACCGCAUACACAUUUAAAGAAAUUAAAUCUUUUUUUAGCGAAUCUUGUUUAACUCUUUCAAAAUUCGAGCGAUAUGCGUUUUGUAUCUUUUCUAUUAAGAUGAUUCAUAGUAUGCGCGUUCAUAUAUGGUAUACAGAAGCGAACUUCUCUUCUGUUCAUAAUAUUUCUUUGGAUAUUGAGUUAGAAAAAUGGAUAUAGCAAAUCUAAGCAUUAAAAAUAAAAAAAAUCUGAGAAAUUUAUUCGAGUGGAUCUAUUUGUGAGAAGCUCCUUUAUCAAGUUUUUUAAAAACUUCAAAAUAAAUUUCAUAUAACGGAAUGUCGAGUGUUUUAAUAAAAAAUAAAUGCCAGCAUCUGGAAUAAAUGGUCAUAUAUUACGGAAAUAAAUCACUGAGUCAUGAAUUAUGUAAUACUCUCUGGAAUAAGAAUUCUCGUAAACUUCAAAAGAGAACGACCAAUUGCAAAGUAUAUAGCAUCGGAUGGCGAAUAGCGUAAAUUAAUCCACAUAAUGUAAAAUUAUGCUUUAACGUUGGGAGAUUGAUUGAAUGAAUAUCAAAAAAUGUCUGGUACGCAAACGAUCGUUACAUUUUAAGGUGCGAACCGCAGCGAAUGAUAAAAGACGGAAGAGCAUUCGUUAAAACCGUUGCUUCCUUUCACGUGCUUGCGAUAUAAGAUACAGUCGAUGUAAUCGCUUUGCUAAUUCGUGCAUUGAAAUUCAUACGUAGCGAAAUCGCACACGCGAGACGGACUAUAAUUACUUACUAAUUGAAAAUAAAAAUGCGUAUUCGAUAAUAAAUUGUUCGAAGUGGU